AUGUCAAAAAAACGUUUAUUUUAUUCGUUAAUUAUUUUUCUUCAUUUUAUUCUUAUUCUUCAAACGGCUUUAGCUCAAAAUUUUAAAUGUGAAAAAGAUGGUUUUUUUCCAGAUAAACAUGAUUGUUGGAUUUAUCAUAUCUGUGUUGGUGCAACACAUUCAGUAAAAGCUUGUAAAGAUGAUCUUUUAUUCAAUCCAAAUAAAAAUGAAUGUGAUUGGGCUAUGAACGUUAAUUGUACUCAUACAUCUCCCGGAAAUAAUGUUUCAUCUACAGUAUCAACACAAAAUGUAGUUCGUCCAUCAGAUAUUGUUGGUACUAAUAAUUUACCAAGUGAAUCAAUUUUUGAUGAUUUAUGUCGAUCAGUUGAUAUUGGUUAUGUUGCACAUCCAACAGAUUGUAAACAAUAUGCUUAUUGUGCAAACGGUGUACCACAAACUAAAAUAUGUAAAAAAAGUCUACUAUGGUCACAAGCUGAAAAAAUGUGUGUUUGGCCUGCUCAAUCCGAUUGUCCGGUGAAAAUUCCAACUCCAUCACCUUUAAUUGCACCAACAAACAAUGGAGUAUCUCGAGAUACAAUUUAUCCUCCCGUAUAUAUCCCAACAAAUCCCCCAUCAUCAUCGUCAUCUGUAUGUUCUUCAACUAAAUCAUUACGUCUACCAGAUCCAUACGAUUGUUCAAUCUAUCAUGAUUGUUAUCAAGGUACUGAUCUUAUAUCAUAUUGUCCAGCACAAUUACAAUAUAAUCCUGAAAAACAAAAAUGUGAUCAUCCGCAUAAUGUUCAAUGUAAAAAUAAAUGUACAAUGAAAAAUGAAGGUGCUCGCUUUGUUGAUCCAAUGAGUUGUUGUCAUUUUUAUGAAUGUAUGUCAAAUAAGUUAGUUUCACAUACAUGUUCAUAUCCGAAUUUAUUCGAUAUACAAACGCGUAAAUGUUUACUAUAUAAAAAAGUUAAAUGUGCUGGACGACGACAAUGUUUAAAUAAAUGUCAUUAUUUAUCUAAUCAUGAUAAUGGAAAAAAUUCAUGUGAAUCUAGUCCAUCAUGUAUAGGUCAUAGCGAUGGAUUUUAUCUUGAUCGAACAAAAGCAAAUUGUCAAUCUUAUAUACAAUGUUUAGAUUAUCGUGUAGCUAAUUAUAGUCGUUGUACACAUGGUCAACGUUUUAAUAGAAAUUUAGGUAAAUGUACAACUGCUGAUCAAGUACCCUGUCCUGGUAAGUAA